CUAAGCUAAGGUAAAGCAUAGGUCUUCAAUGCUUCUGUCUUUUGCCAUGUAUACACAGGAUAUUCAAAACAUACACAAGAUGAAUUAAACAGUAUUCUACAUGUUUACAGUUUUACUAUUAAUUCCAUAUUGGAGAAGUUAAGGACACUAGAGGGGUGACAAAUAGAAUGUAGUUCACAGCUUCUUACUAGACUCCUCCCUUAAGGAAUCUGUGGAAGUAGCAUCUUGGAAACAGAAGCACACAAAGAACCAAGGAGCAGGGGAAAGGAGGUUGGACUUGAUACAGCCAAUGAAAACUCUGGAAGACAACACAGAGCAGAAGCCACAAUCCUUAUACAGAGUGCAGUGAAGAUCCUUACUGAUCCUAACCUUUACUAUUACUUACGGUGUCAGUAAUCGUAGAGCUCAGGUGGAGUUCCUUUGCCAGCCAUUGCCAAGGGCCCUGAACAACUAGAAACCAAGGAUCUGGAGCCAUGGCUGUCACAAAUUUCCAUUACAUCACCCGGAUGAGCAGUGGUUUCAAAGUUUACAUCCUAGAGGGUCAGCCACACCUGAGGAGUGAGGACCGGUUCCGUCACAUAACCAGUGACAGAAUCAGAGUGACUGCUGCUCACCCAUUCAAACAUAAGCACAGUUCAGAACAAGGACGGACACUGGAGGAGAGAAGAGAGAGGGCUCUUAGCAAGAGCCUGGUCAAUGCUGACAGGACAUCAUCACGGUUCAACGUGCCUGAGAGUCCUACAUCCACCUGGAGCCCCACAGCAAGUCCAGCUCACCUUUUCUCUAGUGCAGUUAUGGAUGAGCCACUUGCCCUUGUCAAGAAAAUUCACCAGGAGACAGAGGAGACAGAAGACAAAAACAAAAAAACUGCAGUCCGACACAUACAGGUUCGUCCCUCAGUGAUCACAUGUGUCUCAUCAACAAAGUCAGUCUGUAUGCCUGAAGAUGGUUGCAAGCACUCCACUGUUAUAACACAGCACAGUUAUGAUAACGUGGAGGAACAUUUCCAGCGGAGCCUUGGGGUGAACUAUCAGAAAGGUUCCUCUAAGCAAAUCUCCAUCAGCGUGUCUGUGGAUGACCACUUUGCCAAGGCCCUUGGAGAGAAGUGGCUACAGCUCAAAGCAUCUUCUUCCGCUUGCAGUUCAUCUUCCUCACAGUCAGCAUCUUCUUCAUGUCUACCCAGUAAUCCCACCUUCAUCCACUCACCUGGUUAUGGCCAGAGCCCUAAAAGAGCUCGCAAAGAUUCUGUCAGCCCAACUACAGCCACAUCCAGCAUGUGGUCAGGGAAAUGAAACUGGAGGAAAAAACGUUUUCUAAAUGCAUAAUGGACUUGUGAGGCUUUCGCAUAGAACCACAUUAUGUGUGAUCACUGCAGCUGAAUAAAAUGCCAAAAGCAUGCAGUUAAACAACAGAGUGAUGGGAUAGUGAUGCAAUAUUGAGCAUCACUAGUAAGGAUUCAGGUAUCUCUGGGAUUUUCUUUGGAGGAUCUGAUCGCUAUAUGUUCUAACUUCAUGUAUGGAAAUACAUGGUGUCUGUGUAUUGCUGGUUCAGUUAUAAUCAGUUAGUAAUUUUUUUUCAUUACUUUUUGUAGUCCUUGAUUGCACUGAUAAUAAAUAAUAUUAUUAAAUUGGGGAGUUUGCCAACACUCUAAUGUUAUAUAUGUCUGUAGGUCCCAUAGUCAAAUAAUGGUACCAUGCAAAAAGAAAAAAAACAAACAUUUGUGACUAUACUGUUACAAUGCUGUAGUAGUAAGAAAAGGGUUAGCAUCAAUAGCUAAUAUUUGUAUAUUGCUUAUUGUUCUGUGGACCAGAUUAAAAAUUUUAAAAAAGGGGCAUUUAAAACCCGCUACACAAACAAACUUUAAAAAUUUUCAGAAUAAAAUGCCACAGAGGUUAAUUUGUAUUUUAAUGUAACUUUUUAAUGUUUUUAAAUUAAUGUAAGAAUUAAUGUGUUUUUGUGGGUUUUCUCCAGGUUCCCACCUCCUGAAAACAUGCCAGUAGGUGGGUUGGUAACUCUCAAUUGCCCCUAGGUGUGAAUGAGUGUAUGAGUGUUUGUGAUGGACAGGAGUCCCAGCCAGGGUGUAUACCUGCCUUAUGCUCAUUGUCUGGAUCCAUCACAACCCUUGUAUCCAAAACUUGCUCUUACUUCUUUGGUGUCUCGUAUAGAUGUUUAAAAGAAAAAAAAAACAUAUUCUCAAAAAGACAAGUUCUCACCUGUAAAAUUGUCAUUCAGAACAAAAGUCUGCACUAUAAUUCUUUUCAUUUAUUAAUUCAUUCAUCUUUGAUUGGGUAAUACCAGGAGCAUGUGGUAUUACAAAAUUCCAUUUACUCAUGAACUAUAGCUUUUGAUAUCAUGCAGACCUUUAUGAGUGACUCCAUGUACACCUUUGAACACAGUUGAAAGGGCAACCAAAUUAUUGUUCUGAUCCACACAUACCGACGCAAACACACAAAACAGAUUUUUAGAGAGAACUUGUCAACUGAUUUGAUUUGAACAAAUAUUUGGAUACAGUAGAAACACAGUUUAAAGGCUUUUUUUCAGUUUGAAGAAAGCUUUUUAUUAUUCGUCACAUAUACAUUAUAGCACAGUGAAAUUCUUUUCUUCACAUAUCCAGAGCACAGGGUCAGCCAUGAUACAGUGCCCCUGGAGCAGAGAGGGUUAAGGGCCUUACUCAAGGGCACAAUAGUGGCAGCUUGGCAGUGCUGGCGCUUGAAUGCCUGACCUUCUGAGCAGUAACCACUGAGCCACCACUGCCCCUAUAUAACAGUAUUGUUUAGACUCAGCGUAUCUUGUUAAAGGGAAACCAGUUUUUGUCACUUGGAGCAUUUUUUACUCAUCAUAAGAAUUCUCAUGUGGCUUAGCACUGGACAUGUUGUUGGGUGUCCUCAUGGCAUGUGGACACUCUAGGGCAGAAGUAUUCCUCAUGAGGAAAAAGUUUCAAUAUGUCUGUUGUUAGAGCUGUUGUAAUGAUGAUCACAGGUAAAUAAAAUCUGAUAUAAUUUUUGUCAA